AUGAUACUCUUACUGUUCACAGCUCCAGUCGAGGUGCAGCUCUCGAGGAACACACACGUGGAACCAAGUGCUCUCUUGUUCACCCUUACUACCUUCAAUAUGCGUAUGACCCUGGUCCUCGUGGUGGCACUGGCCCUCCUCGGGCCCGCCAGUGCCCAGCGUGGCUCCAGGCUGCAGCAGAUGGUCAGAGGAUUUGUGGACGACAUGAGUGACAUGGCCUCGAGGAUUGGCACGGGCAUGCUCAAGUCCUUCAACAACCGGCCAGGAGCGGCACGAGAGAAUCGCCCCGCUCUUCCCGUCCGCAAACGCCAGCGCCCUGUGCCCCUCGAUGAUCUCCCGGCCCGUCAGUCCAGUGACAACUUGGUAGCUCCCAACGACCCUCAGCGCCCCCGCCCUGUGCUUCGUCAGGAGCGCCCUCGCCUGACCUUCCGCCAGUUCGUGGACGGCACCAUGGCCGGACUCAGGAACAUCUUCCCCAGGCUCACCCGCCGAAACUUCCACCGCAGUGCUCGCGACGUGCAGCAAUAAUGGAGGCACUGAGGCCAGCAAGGUGACGGGAGCUUCGCCCUCAGGAGGGGUUGAGGGGCAUGUGGUGCACCAGCAACAUGGGAGCGGGGAUGCCUACCAGGGGCCAUCCAAUGUCCCUCAAACGGCCCUCAACCCAUACACUGGUAACGCCGAUAGUAACACGCCUGGUGUCAGCACUGUAAAUACCAAAACACAAAAUACAAACUCGUACCACCAAAGCAUGAGUAGCGGCCGAGGACCUUCGCAACGCCAGCAAGGUUUUGGUUACCGCGACCGCCCUUUCGGCAACCGGCGCCCAUCGUCAGGAACACCUCCGUUUCACAGUCAGAGAGACAAGCUGCUUCCUCCUGGCCCGCCCUACUCCUCCCACAGUUACGGCCCGGGUUUACAGGAUGGUCGUAUCUCCAGCGGGGUAGGUGGUCAAAACAGGGAGCAGCAGUGGAACACUCGUAGGCGCUGGGACACUCACAAAGGCAAGAGAAUUUAAGUCUCCCUAAGACACCCACAUACACUAAAUAAUGUACACCUGCCAUUUAUGCACUGAUUCAAUAUCCACUUGUUACAAACAUACCUUGAGAACACAUCCACUGUUACAAAGCUCAGUAGAUAUACAAGCUGUACAUCAAGGAAAGUACGGCGCCUAAAACAUAUAUGUAUCAAUGCAUAUACGCCAGUACAUCAAUACAAUUAUAUUUCUGAUACACACACAAACUUGUGAAAACCUGCAUACAGAAAACAUAUCAGUUAAAUGUCCGCCAACUUACUCCAGCACAACAAUAUAUACUAUAUUGCAUUUCAUAACAUGACUUCACUGGGUUUACACUAAAGACACACAGUUUGAGACACAGACAUCGAUCUACACUCAGGUAAGACACACACACACACACACACACACACACACACACACACACGCACACACACACACACACACACACACACACACUCACACACACACACACACACACACACACACACACACACACACACACACACACACACACACACACGCACACGCACACACACACACACACACACACACACACACACACACACACACACACUGCUGCAUCUCAAGCAUUCUUCCACCGCGUGCUUCCUCAUCCGCCCCCGUUGGCUCCCCUCUCAUCACGUAAGUCCAGUAUUCGCCCAAGUAGUGCAUGGCUUUGGCUUCCGUGUUUGCUGUACAUAGCAGGGAAAGCCUCUGUGUAAAAAGGCAUGCGUCGGUUCCUAGGAUAAGAUGUCUGACAUUUUAAAGAGGUCAUGAAAACACUUCUUUAAGUUCUGCUCUCUUCUCGCACCCACUGGAUGAGUUUAUCUUGUUCUGUUAUUUUUUUCAUGACCUUAAUUCAGUUCAGGGCUACAUGAGAUUGAUCAAAGAGAGUAAGUACUACAAGAAAUCGUUUGUACAGUCUUGGCUUAAAGUUACUAAGGCUGUAUAAUGGUUCAUUAAUUUUGCGUAAAAAAAUCAUACUCAUUCAGAUUUCUUGAUACACAUAAUGUUUUAAAAACUCACAUUUUUUGUUACUUGAGUAUUCCUUCAUAGUUGUUAAGCUACAUGUGGACAAAUGUUAUAGCAUGUUAUGUUAAGAGCAACAUACAAUUAGUUUAGUAGUUUUGGCAACGUAUUGGAUUUUUCAUAAUUUCUUUAACACAAACAAAAUGCAAAUAGGACCAGGAAUGUGAGCAAAAUGAUGUAUAUUUUUAAACAUGGAAAACUUUUAUAUUCUUCUACACGUUGCCAGUUAUUCACGUUCGUUGUUACGAUUGGAGUUACUAGUAUUUGUUAUUUUCUUGCUUUACUUGUUAGGCUUUGAGUGAACCCUUUGAUUGCAUGAGAAUGAGUGUAAAUGAAUAACACAAAGGCCGAGAUAUAAAAAGAUGCAAAAUUAAUCUUUCAUUAGGUUGAAAGAGUUUUGUUUAGAAAUAUUAUUUACGUUUAUCAUCAGUCGUUAUGCUAGAGCAAACACUGCACUCUAAAUAUAUAUCUCGGUCUUUAAAUAAGAAUCCAUAAGGUUCGUUUUGCCCUCCCUCACACGGAGCACGUAAACACACCUCAUGGAUCCAGAACCUGUACAUAAGAUAACACUGGAAAGAUGGGAUGAAUGUAUGCGUCGGGCAGGUUCCUGACAUGUAUUUAUUAUGUACAAAUACAACUUUCUCUUAACCUGCGUUAUUCUUUCUCCUUUGCCUUCAGAAAAAAAAAAAAAAAUAUAUAUAUAUAUGUAUUUGAUUACAGAAAACGAUGCUGUCUGAAAGGGACGAGUUUAUUGUAGGGUGGGGAGUGACGAGGUAAUACAAAUUGUUUUUAUUACCUUUUAGACAACAGGUGAUCAACGGGAGAACAACGGCGAUAAAUAUCUAAAGAGAAAACGAGAAGUUGAAACAGAUGGGGCGAGUGCGUACUUCAGUGAUUCACAGUACCUUGCCUUGUUUGAGAGGUCAAGUGGAUGCUUACUGUUAACAACAACAACAGUAACAACAACAAAAAACAUUCAGCAAAAAUGUUUGGCAGGUCAUGGUGCUUAAACAUAUAACGAUGACAAACUUCAAAGAUAAAAAAAAGCCAAACAUAAUGAAAUAACAAGUCAAAAUAUAACAGAAUUUAGGGUUAAAAAAUAUAGGGUUUUGUACUGCUUUUUGGGGAUGUUAAUUAAUACCAUUAACAACACUAAGGAUACCAUUAUCUUUUAUGAUUAUGGUUAUAGCUGCUAUGCUAUUAUGGGAAACAGUUAAACAGAUCAAAUUGAAGUGAGUUAUAAAUAAUCACUUCUUGGCUGACUUUAAUUUUAUUAACACUGUACCGAGAUCAAUAAAAAUAUAUUUUUA